AUGAGAAAAAUUAUAUACAAAUUUUCAAGACCCACUUAUCUUGAUUUCUAAGCCACGACUCCCACAGACUACAGAGUAUUAGAUGCGAUGUUACCCUAUCUAACCAAUCAGUAUGGUAAUCCUCAUAGUAAGACACACUCAUUCGGAUGGGAAACUGAAAAAGCAGUAGAAAAUGCAAGAUCCUAAAUAGCCAAUUUAAUUAACACACAACCUUAAAGCAUCAUUUUCACAUCUGGGGCAACAGAAAGCAACAAUGCUGCAUUAAAGGGUUUAUACGGCUUUUAUGGAAAAUAGAAGAAUCAUAUCAUCACAACUCAAACUGAACACAAAUGUGUGUUAGACUCUUGUAGAUAUCUAGAAGAAAAAGGAGUAGAGGUAACAUACUUGCCAGUUGAUUCCAAUGGCUUGAUUUCGUUGCAACAAUUAUAGGAAUCUAUCAAAUCCAAUACAUUGUGUGUGAGUGUUAUGCUUGUGAAUAAUGAAAUCGGAGUCAUUUAAAACUUGAAAGAGAUUAGCAGAAUAUGUCAUCAACGAGGAGUCUAUGUUCAUUCUGAUAUGGCUUAAGCUAUUGCUAAAAUCCCAGUUGAUGUUUAAGAUCUCGAUAUAGAUUUAGGUAGUAUUUCAGCUCAUAAACUGUAUGGUCCCAAAGGAAUUGGAGCAUUAUAUGUGCGAAGAAAACCAAGAGUUAGAUUAUAGCAAAUAAUCCAUGGAGGUGGAUAAGAAAGAGGGUUAAGAAGUGGUACUCUUGCACCUCAUUUAUGUGUGGGAUUCGGCAAGGCUGCAGAAAUUGCAUUAACUGAAUUACCAUAUGAUAUCUAACAUGUUGAUAAAUUAUACAAUAGACUAUUGACUGGUAUCAAAGAGAAGAUUCCUUAAAUUCAAAUAAAUGGCUCAUUAGAACAUCGCUACAAAGGAAAUUUGAAUGUGUCAUUUGCUUUUGUGGAAGGGGAAUCUUUGAUUAUGGCUAUCAAAUAGGUUGCAGUCUCCUCUGGAUCAGCUUGCACAUCUGCCUCUCUUGAACCGUCAUAUGUCCUAAGAGCAUUAGGAGUCUAAGAAGAUAUGGCUCAUACUAGUUUAAGAAUUGGCAUAGGACGAUUCACUACUGAAAAAGAAGUUGAUUUUUUACUUGAUUAGUUGAGUGGCGCUGUUAGAAAGUUGAGAGAAAUGUCUCCUUUAUGGGAAAUGCAUUAGGAGGGAAUAGAUAUUAAUAAAAUUGAAUGGACUCAACCACAUUGA